CGGCAACUUUUUCCCGAAAUCAAUUUCUCAUCUCUCUCUCUUAAAUCAAUUUCUCCUCUCAGUCUCUAGGUUUCAAUUUCGUAAACGGGAAGUAUAAUCUCACUCUCUCUUUCUCUAGGUUUUAUCCAGGGGAAGUACAACGGAAGGCAAAAUGCAUUUGAUGGUUUUUCGCGGAGAAUUGCAGGUCAACGCCGUGCAUUUCAAGUGAUCAGAUUUAGAGUUUUCAGAUUUGGUUGGAACAAUCAAAAUCUGGACGUUAAUUUGGAGGUUAAGAAAGAGUGAAUUUCUUCAGGUUUGAGAAUUUAUCGCUUCUGCAAUGGGUGAUGAUACUCUUCAGUCGCGGUAUGUGAAACUAACAAAGGAGCAAGAUGCUCCAGUUGACGACAUCACACCAGGAGAACUGAAUCAGCCCCUUCAGGUGCCUCAGCUAGUUGUGCACAGAUGUCGAGAGUGUGGACAGCCUCUUCCUGACAGCUAUGAGCAUCCUGCUGAUGAGCCAUGGACAACUGGAAUAUUUGGUUGUGCAGAAGAUACUGAUAGUUGUUGGCUGGGGUUAUUCUGCCCAUGCGUGCUGUUUGGGCGCAAUGUGGAGCGCAUUAAAGAGGAGAUCCCAUGGACCAGACCCUGUACCUGCCAUGCUAUCUUUGUCGAGGGUGGCAUUGCCCUUGCAGCUGCUACUGCGAUAUUUCAUGGUGUCGACCCUAGGACUUCUUUUCUCAUUGGUGAGGGCCUAUUUUUUGCAUGGUGGAUGUGUGGAAUCUACACUGGUCUGUUUCGGCAAGAGUUGCAGAAGAAGUACCAUCUUAAGAAUUCUCCUUGUGACCCAUGCCUGGUACAUUGCUGCAUGCACUGGUGUGCACUAUGCCAAGAGCAUAGAGAGAUGAAGGAGCGCCUGUCUGAUAACACUGUGAUGCCCAUGACCAUCAUCAAUCCCCCUCCUGUCCAAGAAAUGCAAGUGCCUGACAACCCGGAACCUGCUUCCCCUUCUGAGAAGCGCAAUGAUCGCACCACUCUUGAGAUGCAGCCAUUAUAAUACCAUCCCUGCAAAAAAUAAAACUCAUACCCCGAUCCAUUUGUAUACUUUUAACUCAUAUUUUUGUUCCUCUCUUAUCUUUUAUCCAUUCCAUCUCAUCUCUCUCUCUCUCUCUCUCUGCCUUCUGUUUUUAACACUUCAUUUGUUUUUGUUUUGUUUCUUUGGUGGGUCAUUUCAUCAGCAUGGGAUUGGAGUUGGUACUUGGUGGUUUGGAAUUUGCAUAGACUAUUGUUUUUAUGAACUGGUACUGGAAUGAGGAAAUUUUGAAACAUAGAAAAUAUUAUAGAUAUACAGGAUUAUUUU